UUAAACUGUAGAAGGUCCGGCGGCGCUUGGCUUUUGCUAGCAUUACUACCAACCUUAGCACAUCAUCAACAACAGCACCAGCGAAGAAACCAGUUAGCCAGGGCGAAAAUAUCCAUGCCCUACCAUGGAGUUUUACGACUAACACUCUGAUUCCACAACUAAUAUGAUGGAGCAAGUUACAAUUAUUGGUUUGUUCAAAUAAACGAGGGCCGAACCUGUGCUGUUCGGCUGAGUUAGCUUGUGAGGCGGUGCGCAGGUUGACCUGUUCUAGUUUCCUCUUGAGCUGAACAGGUGCAUCGCUUCCACAGGAACAACUACACAAGAGUGGUUCGGUUAUUCUAACCGAAUAAAGACCAGGAUACACCGAAUGGCAAUGCUUAAACGGCUACAAAAGGAAUUAUUAGCCCUGCAACAUGAUCCACCCCCAGGAAUGACGCUAAAUGAAAAAAGUGUACAGAACACCAUAACACAGUGGAUCGUGGACAUGGAGGGGGCCCCCGGCACACUGUACGAAGGAGAGAAAUUUCAGCUGCUCUUCAAAUUUAGUAGUCGAUAUCCUUUCGAUUCACCUCAGGUAAUGUUCACAGGGGACAAUGUACCUGUCCACCCUCACGUGUAUAGCAACGGUCACAUCUGUCUGUCCAUCCUGACGGAAGACUGGUCGCCAGCCCUCUCAGUGCAAUCCGUUUGUCUUAGCAUUAUUAGCAUGCUGUCCAGCUGCAAAGAAAAGAGACGACCUCCUGACAACUCCUUUUACGUAAGAACGUGUAACAAAAAUCCAAAGAAGACAAAAUGGUGGUAUCAUGAUGAUACUUGCUAAUGUAUAAAGUUUGUAAUCACAGAAGAAGUCCUACUGACCUAUAUGAAGCACUUUUUAAUCAUUCAGUCUCUGAACUCUGACCUUUGACUGGAACAAUGGACAGACACCAAUGCGCUGGAGGCUCUUGACUGCAUUCCUCCCACCCGCUGGGCAGUUUGAUGCAUGUUUUAGUCGGUAAUAACAAAAAAUUUAAACCCGUGGAACCAUUUAGAUGCACUCGAGAUGGAUCUUUUUUUUUGUUUUUUGGUUUUUUUGCGAUAGUAAUGCAGUAUGCAAGGUGUAUUUUUGUGUAUUUCCUGUUUUUAAAAAUGAUUAUUGUUACAUUUUUGCGUGUGUGUGGACUUUAAGGUCCUUGUGUUGUGCAAUAAUAACCAACCAAUGGAGGCAUGCUUGGGCCUACAAAGGAGUUAUCUGAAUGGAUUUCCAGAAGGGACCUGCUCACCAUAAAUCCAAGAAAAUGCUUCGUUUUUUUGUUUGUUUUUUUUUAAUUACAUUAUAUGCACUGUGAGAGUAUGUAGUUAAGAGGCACUGUUACAUCAUCAUUCCCACCACUGUAAGCAAGCCCCCACUCAUUGGUUUUAGUGUAUCAAGAGUCAACAAAAUGGUAAUCGUUUCUCUUGAGACUGGUUCUGCUGGUACACAUGGCAAACAAACAAACAAAACAAGUGUGACAUUAGGUCAAACUCUAAGCUGAUAUAUGUAUCAUGUUUCGCUCUGCGUGUCCACCCUAAGAGAUAGCAGGGGCCUCUCAUUUAAAGAAUGUUUGUUGCAUUUUUCGUGCUUCUAAAAUGUCUAGUUCAUUUUGUACUGUUUUGGGGGUGGGGCUGUUUGGAUGGCCGACUAUAUUUUUGAUUGUGAUAUAUAUUUUCAUUUGUUGUAUUUAAUUUAAAAAUGUCCACAAUGUUAGAGAAUGAGAAGUCUACACAGGAGUAAUGACAACAUGGGUUUGUGAUUAUGCCUGGUCAGCAUUAUGGCUCAGGUACUUUUUUCCAAUAAAGAUACCUUUCAGAUGUUUUAACUAUUUUCACCAAAAGAGACUGUUAUAUUGUAAAAUUAUAACAUGUCUGCAGCUAUUGUAUAUAGGGCUUUAAUUUUGGGGGUGAAGGAUGUUAUGAGUAGGGGAUGGAUUUACUUCAUAGCCAAGUGAUAAUAGGAGUUGGCCUAUAACAUUUUGCUAAUUAGUUUGUAGUCAGCAUCGAAGAAUACUAAAAAUCUCAAAAGUAGUUUUCCAAUGGCGUUGCAUGCAUUUUUAGAUUUUUAUUUUCUUUUUUUCUCUUAACGGCAUCAAACAUUGUGACAGCCAUGAAUUUUUCCACAAUUCUUACAGUGGCUAUGGGAUGGAUAUUACAAAGUUGACGACCUGUGGGGCUUGGUCAUUUAAAGUGUAAUAACUAUUCAAGAACCCAAUAAGAGAUACUUGAAUUUAC